AUGCUUGGAUGGUUUUUGGACCCGCUCGCCAGAGAAGACUACCCUGGGAGCAUGAAAGAAUUGGUCGGAAACCGUCUGCCGCAGUUCACCAAAAAACAGUCUGCAUUGGUGAAGGGUUCAUUCGACUUCAUUGGAAUCAACUACUAUACUACAAAUUACGCGGGUAAGCUUCCUCUAUCAAAUGGCCUGAGGAACAGCUACUCUACCGAUGCUCAAGCUAAUCUGACCGGUGUUAGAAAUGGUGUCCCCAUAGGUCCUCAGGCUGCUUCACCUUGGCUCUAUGUCUACCCUAAAGGGUUCCAUGAUCUUCUACUUUAUCUCAAGGAGAAGUACCGGAAUCCGACCAUCUACAUCACUGAAAACGGGCAAGUACAUUUUCCUCCCCUGGAAAUGGUGAGCAACCAGGUUGAAACUUAUUUGAAAAAGUAUUUGUCUUCUCUCUAUAUUUUAGGCGUCGAUGAAGCCAACAACAAGAGCCUACCACUCGAGGAAGCCCUCAAGGACGAUGCGAGGAUAGAGUACCACCACAUGCACCUUGAUGCCUUGCUGAGUGCGAUCAGGGAUGGGGCGAACGUGAAGGGGUACUUCGCAUGGUCUUUGUUAGACAACUUCGAGUGGGCGAGCGGGUACACGGUGCGCUUCGGUUUACACUUCGUGGACUAUGACCAUGGUCGGAAGCAAUACCCCAAGCGCUCCGCCGGCUGGUUCAAGAGGUUUCUCAACAGAUGA